AUGAGCUCCUCUUCUUCUUAUUCCAGUCCGUACUCAAGCUACACGAGCCGCUAUGGCAGCUACACUUCUUCUCGAGACCGCGAUCGUUCUCAAAAAUCCACAUAUUCUAGUUCCCCGAGUGAAAAUGAGAGAAAAUAUUCUUCCUAUACAUCCAAAUACUCUGAUUAUACUCCGAAAUCUAGCACUAGGUCGAGAAGUGAGAAAAUUUUAUCUUUUUUGCUAUAAUUUUUUUUAACAGCCAUGGCUCGAAAAAUCAAAGUAUUGUGUAGGAAUAAAACACAGAAAAAAGCCCGUCUUUUUAUUCCGUCUUAGGUUAGUUUCUUGCAGUUGAUUGACCUGACGUUCUGAAAACUCUACAAAGUUUUAAUUUUUUGAAGCAGUUUCGAUUAGACAUAAGUUCUGCUUCAUGCCAAUGAAGAUUUUCAAAACGUGAUAAAUCGACUUUAUUGCUUCUCACACGCUUUUUUAAGUGCAUUCGCGGAAAAAAUAAACCAUUUUUUUUGUAGAAAUGGAGGGUGAGCGUGCUACCCCUGAAGCGGACCAACAUCCCCGCGAAGGUAAUAAAUCACCAAUUUCGUGAAAAAUGAGAAUUUCAAAGUUUCAGAUACUGAAACUCCAACUGAGGAAAUCCACGAGGAAAUAGUUGUCCAGACACCUGACCCCGAGAUUCUUCAAGAAAGCGACGUGGAAGAAUUCAAAAACGUCCGGGCAUCUGUAUCGACAUUCAUUCCAAAACAAACCAUUUCAGGAAGGUCAAGAGUCGGUCGAGGAGGAGGACGUGUCGAACAAUGCUGCGGAACAGGAAGAGGCUCAGGAGUCGGAGCCGGAGCCGGAGCAGGAACCUGAGCAGGAAGAGCCUCCGAAAGAGGAUGCCGAAGAGUCUGACGUCAAGGGAUCCAAGUCCGUCACUCCGACUUCUCCGUCGCGCAAUUUUUCUCAGCUUUCGGUGAUUUUUUGUUAAUUUAACUGCUUUUCAGGGGAGAAAAUACUUUUCAAAAGUUAAGCAGUUGAAAAUAAGAGUUUCAGAACGACACAACAAAGAAAUAACUGAAAUAAAAUCAAACAAAAAAACUUCUCAUUCAGCAACUUUCACUUUCGAAAGAACAUUCAAACGAAAACUUAUUGGAAAAAUCUGGUGAUCCAGAAAGGAACAAUUAUACUCUGAAAUUAUAGCCCAUUUCGUGUAACAUCAUCACCUUUCACGAUCCCUUUAUGUGUUGAAAAAAAAAAUAACUGAAAAGGUUCAAUUAAAGUAUUUCAGUCGCCGGAGAAGCGCGUUCAGACUCCGGAAAUGAGCAACGAGAACCGUGUGCCAAGCCCUAACUUCGGCGGAAGCAAGGUCUUUCAAAAAACUGAUUCGAAACAUUCGUGGUUGCACUUAAGAAAGCGGUCAACUCAUCGUGGCCACCCAAAAACGGAGUCGAAGACGAGGAGCAAAAGAUGAAGGAACUGAUGAUCGAUACCGCUGCCGUGCCGAAAAGUUCUCAAGCUCCGGGAUUUUUUCAAAAAGUUCUAAAUUUUCAGAAAAAGUGUCCGACUUGAUUGCUCGUUUCAACAGCGGGGCUGUCGAAAGUCCUGUCGCUAAACCUCCGACCAACUAUAAGUCCGGUAAAUGAAAAAGUAAAGAAACAGCUUAGUCAAACAUGAUUUUCCAGAGUACGGUGCUACCGGCGAAACCGGUAAAGUCUCCAAGGGUCAAUUCAACUAA